AAGAGAUAUCAAGUUUCGCCCUUUGGCUUAGGGAGGUUCUUAUUAGUUCCAUUUCAGGGCUCUCCUCCACCAUCUCUUCCAUUCCCUUUAGAACCCUCUUAUCUUCAUUCUCUCUUCUCCGUCUGCAUUUUCUUUGCCUUUUCUCUUCCUUAUUUACUAAAAAAGGGUUGCUGAAUCUCUGUUGAGUUUUUCUUUUUUAAACUCUUAUUUUCCAUGUUUCUCCAUUUCUGAAAAAGUGAUAGCAAACAAGAGGAAGCAUGGAACCUUGCAUCAAUGCUUGGAGGAGAUGACUGGAAUUUUUUAGGGGGGUUAAAGCGACAAACCUCAAGUACAACUACUUUCCAGGAGCCAAAAGUACAAUCUCUUCUCCUUUAUCUAGAGGUUCCUUCAACAUUCAAUCAUUCUUUGAACCGGCUACUCGAUUGUGUUCCUAGUCCAUUAUCAUGGUUACCAAGAUGAAAGGGAUCUACAAAGGUUUCAAAUUCAUCUCUCAAAUCUUUGUUGUGAAGGAGCGAGAGAUGGAAAUUGGGUAUCCGACAGAUGUCAAACAUGUGGCUCACAUUGGUUGGGAUGGCAUUUCUGGCUCUGCACCCAGUUGGAUGAAUGAAUUCAAGACAGACCCUGAUUUCAGAGCAACAUCAAUUGGCAACUCCAGAGAUUCUAAUCCUACAUGGUCCUCUGAAGAUUUCGAGCAAUCAAUGGGAUGCCAACCUGCAACAGAGAUGAUGAGGAACCUGUCUGGCACGGAUAUCCCAAAUAUUCCUAGGAAACAAAAGAGAAAAAAGAAGACAACUUGCUCUCCCAAGUGAUACAUUUUGUGGCUUUUGAUUUCUGCUCAUCAGUGAUCGAUAUAGAAGUUCCUUUUAGUAUUCAAGAUAUGAAUGAAGAUCAGAAAGAAGUGCUAGGAUUUGAACCAAAAGCUAGUGUAAAUUUGAAAAUCCUAUUUAAUUUACAAAAGGUUAAAGUAAAUUAGGUGUGGAACUAAAAGGAACGAUCCAAGUCCAAGGACGUGACUUACCUAAUGGCAGAAAAAAGUUUAUCGUUUACUGCGAGUAAUGGUGCUGCUAGACUUAGUUGUAUUGAGUUGUGUCGGUGGAAAGUUUUGAUAAUUCAGAUUAUUGGCUCCGACAAGUUUGUAAAGGAAUCUAACUUUUCAAGUUAUGGAUGAAAUGACUAUUUAUUU